AUGCGGCAAAUGGCGCAGCGACGACUGCUUGUGCAGCAAUCAGCCGAUGCAGCGGCACAAGCUGCGGUGACUCCGGCGGUACCGGUCGCCACUUCCAGUCCACCGCCGGCCGCCGAUCCCCAGCCUACAGGUAUCCCUAUCCAAUCAGUGUAUACUACUCAUGUCGCGCACGCGGGCCCGCCGCCUCCGGCCCCAAAACCCCCGCCCGAACAGCCAUGGAUGAGACGCCCCCUUCGAGGGGGUCGUCGGCCUUGGCCCCCAGUUCAGCCUUCCCCGCCUCAGCUGAACGUCAGCAGCGGGAGUUAUCACGUUCUCCAGGAGGUUGGUAGGGCAGAGGAGGGUCCGUCUUCCCCAUUUGAAGGAAGUGUCGCCUCUGCACCUCCGCAGCCGGGGACUGGAGGCUCCCCGACUCCUGCUUUUUCGGCACGGCUGUCCCACUCUCGGCUUCUGCCGGAGGAUCGGGCCCGGAAACAAGCAGCCGGUAUCCGGGGCCCGGCGGUAGUUACCGCGGGUCCGGCUCUCCUGACCCAGCAUCGACGGGAACGUCUGACUUGCGAAAAGCUUUUAAAGCUGCUGCCGAAUCGGCAAUAUCACUCGAUACCCAUGGAUCCUAAGCCGCCAGCGGAACCCAUCCACAUGGGCGAGCUUGUGAGUAUUCUGGGACUUCGGGAGAUUAACACCCCAGCGAACGGCAAUUGUUUGGCGAUAGCUCUUGCUCAAGCGGUGGCUGAGUCUGCCUUGACCGCCCCUACCAAGGACCAGGAGCUUCUCACGGCUUGCAUCAAACGAGGUAUCACGUGUACAGGACUCUUGAACUUGGAGGAUCAGCUCCCUCACGACCUGCGGGUGCAGGCACUUAAGAAUGUGGGCCGUGGGUGGGCGUCGAUGACGCGCACAGAGUCGGCUUCUCAAUUCCGCUGGUUUUUGACGGACUUUGCGGCCACCCCAUCGGGGCGAACUUCGCAUGCGCCUACGGACUGUUGGGGGGCAGUGACACACUCGGCAUGGCAGCCACGUUUUUACAGAGAGACAUCUUUGUCGUUCAACGCGAGGAAGCCACCCCUCAGUGGCGUUGCCGCGAGUAUCACCCCGUUUCGAUGA